UGGGCAUCGAUACACGCUGGCUCGUCGCAUUUCCAGUCCUCAAAAGCCCGAAAAAAAGGCCCAAUUCCGAAUUAGACCUUCACAGUUUCACACGUCCUAAAGCAACGACCGCAGGCUAGGGUCGAGCAUCGUCCGUUCAUCCUCUUCGCUGCUCGAAGUCGUGAAGGCGCAACUCAGUCGGCUCGUCCUCUUCGUCAGUCGGUCACGCACUCACGGCUCAAGCUAGGUCUCUGCUCGACUGCUCUGCGCCUCUUCAGAUUUGAGGUAAUAUCAACGUUUGCUCUCCAGAGAGGUCAUAACUGUGUGUAAAUGAAGCCCAGCAGUAAAGCUCUUCUAGACUUGGAGAGAAAAGCCUCACCUUUGGAGUCCAAAUUUGUUUUUCAAAAUGGAUAUGAAAACUUCAAGUCCCAAAGAGCCAAACCCAGCUCUUCUGAAAAGACAUCCACCAUUCCCCCCAUUCAUCAGAGCGAAUUUCUAGGUAAAGUAAAAGAUUUCUUGGGGGUAAUAUCGGCAGCAAAUGAAAAGCUGGAGGUUGAUGCGAAAAACAACCCAGAGAACUAUGAUAUAGAAGCAUUAACUGGGGAGGAAUCUCAGUUUAUUGAGAUGGAUUUGAUGCUUGGUGUGGCAGAGCUACAGAGUAAGGAAGCCAUAGCUGCUGCUGAGUCGGCCAUCGCUGGUAAUCAACCUGUGAUGAUUCCUUUUGCAUCCACUAGUAGUGAUGAUGAUGAUGAUGAUGAUGAAAGUGAUGGUGCAGAGGAUUGUGAAGAUGAACAACAUUUUCCAGACAAUAAGAAGACUGGAAAGCCUGCUGAGAAAGAUUCUGCAAGUGAAUCUUCAAGAAAGAAGAAGCAUUCAAGAAAGAGAUCAAAAAUUGUUGAGCUCUCUUAAGAUACCUAGCCGGUUUGAGGCUCUGAGAUACAAGAUGAUGAUGGAGAUUGGAGUUCUCUUUUGUGGCAAUGCAUCUAUUCUUAUGUCAAUCUGAGCUAUCUUUAUGCAUUUCAUGGUUUGAUAAUUGAUUUUGCAACAUUUUUGUUUUUGUCGAUUGUAUUACCUAGAUUUGAUUAGAUGUGCUCUUUUGUUGUUCUGUGUCUGUGCAAAAACUAGUCAACAUUUUGAGCGCGUCUGAUCAGUCUAAAUUUUGGCUGUAAUAUCGAGUGUGUAAAACAUUUUGUGGGUCUCUGGCUCAACAUUUUGUUAGUUCAGAUUCAUAUUUUACUCAUAGAUAAUUUAUUCUUUCAAAUAAUUUUAUACUAGUAUAAUUCACC